GUAAUUCCGAUGUAUACAACAUUAUUGAAUUGACUUGAGAAAACUAAAUGUUUGCUAAAGGAACCUUUGGGGCAACAACGGUGAUGAAUGCAGAUGUCUUGCUGAACCUUUUACCUGGAUGUAAAGAAGAUUUACUGUUGGCAAUAAUAAACGGACAAAUGCUUGAUGAGGUUUUGCUGGAAAUGUUGGAUGAUUGUUGCACUGCAUUUUACAAAAGAGAUUAUGUAUCUGCAAUGGCGUUGAGUAAACCAGUGUUGGAUUACACCUGGGAGAAACUAAAUACUGGUUACUGGAAAGAUGUAGAUGUGAAUUGGAGGUACGUGUACACCAUUGGAUCAGCUAUUUUAAGUAUCUGUAAGUAUGUUACAAACACUUCCAUUCCAAAUGAGGAUUUGUACAUAGACAUAAUGAAGACAAUUGAUACAGGAAUUUUGAUGGGAGCACCUGUAUUAGAUAAUGUGCUCGACAGAUUAAUGCAUGCAUUUAAUGAUAUUCGCAAACUCUUAACUAAGCCAGUCAGCAAAAGGAAAUUAUCAACCAAGAAUAAAAGUGUUGAUGAAAUAUUUAAAAAACAAAAGUCUGAACUCAUAACUAGAAUGCUUCAUAUCGACAGUGAUCAAGAGAUCAAAAGGUGCCAUUGUCCUUCGCUUGAAACUUUUCAAAAUCAGUAUUUAGAGAGUCACACACCUGUGAUCUUGACAGGAAUAAUGGAACACUGGCCAGCGAUGGCAGGAGAAAAAUCUUGGAAUCUGGACAGAAUUCGAUUCCUGUCUGGACAUCGGUUAGUCCCAAUAGAAAUAGGCUCAAAGUACACGGAAGAUGAUUGGACUCAAAGCCUGAUGACUGUUAGUGAAUUUAUCGACAAGUUCAUCGAAAAUUCUUCUGACGAUAUUCCUACAGGAUACCUAGCUCAGCACCAGCUUUUUGACCAGGUACCAGAAAUGAAGGAGGAUAUUAUUACACCAGACUACUGCUGCUUAGGUUCAGAGGAUGAGGUUGACAUCAAUGCAUGGUUUGGUCCACAGGGUACAGUUUCUCCUCUUCACCAAGACCCUAAAGAAAACUUUCUAUCGCAAGUGUUCGGAGAGAAGUUUGUACGUCUCUAUUCUACAGAUUUCACAAAACAUGUUUAUCCUCAUGGUACGAUGCUACUGAAAAACACAAGCCAAGUUGACAUUGAGAAUCCUGAUUAUGUCAAGUUUCCAUUGUUUAGAGAUGCCUCGUAUUUUGAAUGCAUUCUUAAACCAGGAGAAAUGUUGUACAUACCCAAAGAAUACUGGCAUUUUGUCAAAUCUUUGUCAAUAAUGAGGCAUAAAUACAGAUUGGUGCUAUUUUGUACCAACUGACAACUGACUGAUAAUCACCCCACACCAGGGGACUAUACCUGCAGUAGGUAGCCAGGGGACUAUAUCUGCAGUAGGUAGCCAGGGGACUAUACUUGAAGUAGGAAGCCAGGGGACUAUACCUGCGUAGGUAGCCAGGGGACUAUACCUGCAGUAGGUAGCCAGAUGAGGGUCCAUUUAAACGUGUAUCAAAAUAUCAUCUAUGAAAUACAAGCAGUUAUGCAAUACAAAAUGUACGUAUUAUGUUGAGUAUAAUACAGUGUAUAUAUGUGUCAUUGAUACAGUAUUAGGGAAACAUGUUGGAGAUGUAGCCCAUAGAAUCUCAGUAGGGGACAUUUUUUUCAUUCAUAUGAUCUUGGUUAGAAUCCACAAUCAUUUUGAUAACAUGUGUUGGCUGAAUAAAAGAACUACUGCAUUGUA